AUGGCAAUCAUUCCUGUGGUCGCCAAGCACCAGGGAAAAAAGUACGAUGUCGACGUCGACACCGAGACCACGGGUCUCGACUUCAAGCUCCAAAUCUAUUCGUUGACGAAUGUCGAACCCGAACGGCAAAAGAUCCUGGUCAAGGGUGGCCAGCUCAAGGAUGACGCCGACAUGAGCGUGGUCGGCCUCAAGCCCAAUCAGGUCUUGAUGGUCAUGGGCACGCCCAGCGGCGGCUCUGGUGAGCUUGUGCGACCCAAGGAGCAGGUCAAAUUUGUCGAAGAUAUGACAGAGGCCGAAAAGGCUCAGCAGGUUGGCGCCACACCCGCUGGUCUGAUGAACCUGGGCAACACCUGCUACCUCAACUCGACCCUCCAGACUCUGCGCGCCAUCCCCGAACUACAAACUGCUCUUGCGGACUACAGGGGAAGUGAUUCGACGGGCCCCAUGGCUGGGAUGUCGCAAAUGGAUCUGGCCUCGCAGCUGGCUGGACUCUACAAGAAGAUGAGCGCCACACAAGAUUCUAUCCCGCCCAUGAAUUUUCUGAAUGCCCUGCGUGUCGUCUUUCCGCAGUUUGCUGAAAAGGUGAAACCCAGCAAUGCCUAUGCACAGCAAGAUGCGGAGGAAGCUUGGUCGCAGAUUGUCCAGCAGCUCGGCGAAAAGGUCCAGAUCAAACAAAAGGGCGGUCCCAACAUCUCGUUUGUUCAAAAGUACAUGAGCGGCGAAUUCACCUCAUACAUGGCUCCCGAUGAAGAUGAGGCCAUCAAUGCGGGAGAGAAGGCCAUUGUCUCCAAAUACCACUUCUCCAAGCUCAACUGCCACAUUGACGCCCAGACAAAUCACCUUCGCGACGGCAUCCUAGCUGCUCUUAGCGAGAAGAUUGAGAAGAAGUCGGAAGUACUCAACCGAGAUGCGAAAUACACAAAGAAGUACGAUAUUUCACGAGCUCCGAAAUACCUCACCGUUCACUUUGUGCGCUUCUUCUGGAAACGCGAGACCGGGAAAAAGGCCAAGAUCAUGCGCAAAGUCACGUUUCCCCUGGAGCUUGACAUUGUUGAAUUCUGUUCAGACGAGCUGAGGGGGGCUCUUAUACCUAUCCGAGACAAGGUCCGCGAAGUACGCAAGGACGAAGAAGAUAUCGAGCGUGCGCGCAAGCGACGCAAGAAGAGCCAUAACACUGAUGACAUUGCCGGCGGUGCUGGUCUGCCCAGCGAGAGAGAGCUGAAGGAGAAGGAGAAGGCGGAAGCUGAGAAGAAGCAGAGAAGUGGCGAAAAGCUAGCAAAGUCGACUGACGGUGAUACCGAAAUGGGCGAGACAUACAAGACGGAUGCUGAGGUGGAGGCUGAGCAAGCUGCUGCUCUCUUGAGCGCUAAGAAGGAGCUGGGCGCGCUUAUUAACACUGAGCUACGUAGUGACGAUGGUGCUAACCAAUCUGGACUGUACGAGCUCCGUGGUGUCGUCACGCAUCAAGGUGCCAGCGCCGACAGCGGCCACUACACUGCGUACGUCAAGAAGACUGCGCCCAUCGAUCCCAAGACCGGCGUUAAGGGUGAAGAGGACGGCAAUUGGUGGUGGUUCAACGAUGACAAGGUAUCGGAAGUGACGGUAGACAAGGUGGAGGGGCUAUCAGGUGGCGGCGAAUCCCACUCGGCCCUGAUUCUGCUGUACAAGGCGAUUGAUCUGCCCGACAUUGAGGGACAGUAG